CAGAAGGGAGAGUAAUCCCUCUUCCAAAACCCUAGCAUGGAAAGAGAAAAAUCAUCAUCCAAACGCUCCAGGGACGACCGUGACUGUGAUUCUACGGAAGACCACCGUGAUCACAAGCACCAUCGGAGCCACCGAGAUUCCGAUCGCAACCACGGGCGUUCGGAUUACAAAUCACCAAGGCGUGAUGGUCGUGAAACAUCUCGCGACCGCGAAAAGUCCUGCGAUUCCAGGGACGAAAGAGAAGGUAGUAGGGACAGGCGAGAGAGAUCUCCUGUACUUAGAAUCGAAAGAGAAGGUAGCUUCGAUAGGGAAUCGAAGCGAGGAUCUCGUGAGGGAGUGGAGAGCAGAGAUAAGACGAAACAUCGUGAAUUGAAGCGCGAGGGAUCUUAUGAGGAGAUGGAAAGCGAAGGUAGGAAGAAGAGGAAAGAGAGGGAGGACGGCCAAGAGAGAGUGGAUAAAAGAGCUAGGGUUUCAUCUGAGGGUAGAAAAGAGAGGAGGAAGUUCGAGGAUGGAGCAAAGGAAGGAGAUGGAAAGAGAGAUGAAAGGAGGGAGAGGAAAAGGUUUGAAGAUAAAGUGAAGGAAGAAGUGGAAGACGGAAAGGAAGUUCCAGCAAACUAUUCAGAGACUAAGGUUAAGGAAGAAGUGAAGGAAGGGUUUACUGAUGCUACUGCUGCCAAAGGGGGUGAGCCAGUUGAGAAUGGUGCCUAUCAUGAAUCAUCCAUCUUGAAUGUUGCACCAAAGAAUGCUGAAAACUCUAAGGCAUCUGACCACCCCCUUACUACUAAGGUAUCUAUAACUUCUAGCCCAAAUGAAAAUAAGGGAGUUAGUAUUACAAGAUCUCAUGAGGUUAUUGGAACAGCAAGUACAGAUGCAACAUCCGCUGCUGCUGGGAGAAGUGGAGGAAAUCUUUCACUUGAUGCUUUAGCGAAGGCUAAGAAAGCUUUGCAAAUGCAGAAAGAGCUUGCUGAGAAGCUAAAAAAGAUACCUACUUUAAACAAGGGUGGUAGCUCGAGUUCUGGAGCUGCUGCUGGAGUGGUUCAAAGCAGAACGGUCCCAUCAGCAAUUUCCCCUACUGCUGUGCCAACAACUUUAGGUUCAACAUCAAGCUCAUCAGCCUUGCUGGAGGCCACCCCAGCGUCUGUGAAGCCACCUCCAAGUGGAGGGGCUCCAGUUCCUGGCCUUGCUGCAAUACCCAAUUUAGAAGCUGUUAAGCGUGCUCAAGAACUUGCUGCUAAGAUGGGAUUUCGCCAGGAUCCCCAGUUUGCACCUCUUAUAAACUUGUUCCCCGGGCAGUUGCCAACAGAUGUUUCUGCUGCUCAGAAGCCAACAAAGGCCCCUGUCCUCCGUGUUGAUGCACUUGGUAGGGAAAUAGAUGAGCAUGGGAAUGUCAUAAAUGUGACAAAACCAAGCAACCUCAGCACUCUUAAGGUGAACAUUAACAAACAGAAAAAAGAAGCAUUCCAGAUUCUUAAACCUGAACUUGAUGUGGAUCCAGAAUCAAAUCCUCAUUUUGAUGCUAGGAUGGGUAUCAAUAAGAAUAAGCUUUUGAGACCAAAAAGGAUGACUUUUCAGUUUGUAGAGGAGGGGAAAUGGGCAAAAGAGGCUGAGAUAAUCAAGUUGAAGAGUCAGUUUGGAGAAGCAGGAGCAAAAGAGCUGAAGGCAAAGCAAGCACAAUUGGCAAAGGUGAAGGCUGAUAUUAAUCCAAAUUUGAUAGAGGUGUCUGAAAGAGUUGUCAUCAAGGAAAAACCUAAGGACCCAAUACCUGAGGUGGAGUGGUGGGAUCUGCCUCUUCUGGCUACUGGUUCGUAUGGUGAUGUAGCUAGUGGUGAGGUGACUGAAGAUAAACUGAAGAUUGAUAAGAUCACUAUUUAUGUUGAACAUCCUCUUCCUAUUGAGCCUCCUGCCGAGUCAGCUCCUCCUCCACCUCAACCAUUGAAACUAACUAAGAAGGAGCAGAAGAAACUGCGCACUCAGCGGCGUUUAGCUAGGGAAAAGGAUAGACAGGAGAUGAUUAGACAAGGGCUUAUAGAACCCCCAAAACCAAAAGUUAAAUUGAGUAAUUUGAUGAAAGUGCUUGGCUCAGAAGCAACUCAGGAUCCUACAAAGCUUGAAAUGGAAAUCCGUACUGCAGCUGCUGAGCGUGAACAGGCUCAUGUUGACAGGAACAUUGCUCGGAAACUCACUCCUGCUGAGCGCCGUGAAAAGAAAGAGAGAAAGCUGUUUGAUGACCCAAAUACUUUGGAGGCCAUUGUUUCAGUUUACAAGAUUAAUAACCUUUCUCACCCUAAGACCCGCUUUAAAGUUGAUGUUAAUGCCCAAGAGAAUCGAUUAACUGGUUGUGCUGUGAUUUCUGAUGGCAUGAGUGUUGUAGCUGUCGAAGGUGGAAGCAAAUCCAUUAAGAGAUAUGGAAAGCUUAUGCUUAGGCGCAUUAACUGGGCUGAGGCUGUCAAAGAGGAAGAUGAGGACGAAGAUGGAAACCAGGAUAAACCCAUUAACAAGUGCAUGUUAGUGUGGCAAGGGAGUGUUGCCAAACCAAGCUUCCACAAGUUCUCUGUUCAUGAAUGCAUGACUGAAGCUGCUGCUCGAAAAGUUUUUUCUGAUGCUGGAGUUGCUCAUUACUGGGAUCUUGCAGUGAAUUUCACAGAAGAUUAAAAGUGUGACUUUGAGACUGCUUAUUGUAAUGGUCAUUGUUAUUUGAUGAUUUUUAACAUACAUAACUCGAGUAUAUGUUAAUCCUGCAGUUGAGGAAGGUGAGAUCUUUUGUCGUUGAACUUGUUACUGUAUUUGUCUUUGCAUUCCACUCUCAAUAGCAGUAUUUCAUUCACCUCAAGCUGUUUGAAGUAGGCUAUGAUACAAGAAACCACACAAGUUUACUGGAGGCAGAGAUUGGCAUGAGAAGGAAUUUGUUAGUUUUGAGUUCCCUGAGUGUGGUAGUGAUAGGUGGUUUUUUUGAAGGCAGGCAUCAAAUUACAUUUUCAAGCUAAUUGAGUCCAGAUCGGAAGGUUUGAUGAAAUGAAUAAUCUUUAUCAUUAGCUUGACGAAAGAGUUUUUCACUAAAUCAAAGAUACUGAUGUAGGUUACUUUUAAUUUUGUGAACACUUGAGCCAGGAAACACCGAAAACACAAAUCCCUUCCCUCUUUAAAGUUGAAAUAGCUGAUGAUACGGCUCAGAAUUUUGACUUUGAAGCCGUGGAGAAGUGAAAGGUAUCAGACACGGCUCAUGCCCAAGUGUCUGCCCAUCUAGAUUAUUGACUAUUCAGUUUUGACAGCCUUCAUUUUAGGUACAAGUUAGCUUCCCGUUUGGUGAGGGAUGGUGGCCUAUCUAUCAUUAACUAGCUCUUGCUAUAUUUCUUUCUUUUCUUCUUCUUUUAUUUUUUUAAUUUCGUUUCUUCAAUUUGUUGCUAUCUUUUACCCUUUGUAUCUUCUUCCCUUGCCUUUUGUGGAAGCAAAAGAUUGAGAAUGCGUUUCCAUUUCAUCU